AUGUCCACACCAGUGUCGAACCGUAAAUAUGGGGCGCAGAAAAUUCGACUCACGAUAUUAUGCGCAAGAAAUUUAGUCCGGAGGGAUCUUUUCCGUUUACCAGAUCCUUUUGCCAAAAUCUCGGUGGAUGGCAGUGGUCAGGUAUAUUCCACUAAUGCUGUAAAAGCAACAUUAGACCCAAAAUGGAACACUCAUUAUGAUCUUUACCUGACUAAAGGAGAUGGGAUCACAAUUAGUAUUUGGAAUCAACGAAAAGUGCACAAAAGACAAGGAUCUGGAUUUCUUGGAUGUGUGCGCAUUCAACCUUCAACAGUGCACAAAUUAAAAGAUACAGGAUAUCAAUGUCUGGAGUUAUGUGAAGACAGUUUAGGGGAAGCAUGUGGUGUCAAGGGUCAAGUGAUUGUGUCUCUGUUGUCUCGUGAUGGAACUAGAGGUGAGCCGGCUUCGGUAGCUAGCGAGGGCUCCCCCCUAGCAGUUGUGGGACCAGCCGGCGAAGUGCGUGCUCCACGGGACCCUCCGCUUAAUGCAAAUGCAUCCCAUCAACCAUUGCCACCUCAUUGGGGUGAGAGAUUCACAUCAAGUGGCAGGCCAUAUUAUGUUAAUCAUGCACUCAAAAAAACACAAUGGGACCGGCCAACUGUGGAGGAAUUGAGCCCAGCCUCUCCACAGCCCAAUUCCCCCUCCCCGCCAAUACCCCCCUCCCCCGCCUCUCCAGUCACUCCAAUAUCACCUGCAUCCCCAUCAUCACCAUCAUCACCUGUAUCCGAAACAGAUGUUUCACUUGCAACUUCAAUUUCUUUAAGACCAGAACCACAACCGCAAACUGCGGUCCGUUCCCGUCCAGGUCCAAAUCCGGGAUCACCUACCAAUGCAGCAACACCUUCCCCAACAAUACCUAUAGCUGCAACGGACCUGCCACCUGGUUAUGAGAUGCGGACGACGGCGCAGGGCCAGGUGUACUUCUACAACGGGGCGACGGGCGCGUCGUCGUGGCACGACCCGCGCGUGCCCGCCUCGCUGCGGCACCGCGCCGCCGCCGCGGGCCCGCUGCCGCCCGGCUGGGAGAUGCGCCUCGCGCCCUCGGGCCGCCCCUACUUCGUCGACCACAACCGGCGCACCACGCAGUUCACCGACCCCCGCCUGGCGCUCUCCGCGAGACUCCCAACAACGGAGCCCAGCUCGGCGCCUGCUUCCCCACCACCAGGCAGUAGCCCGUCCCCGGCGGUGACCUCGGCGGUAGCAGCAGACCAAGAGCCUGACGCGCUCCCAAAGUACAAGAGGGACCUCGCCGCCAAGGCUAGAGUACUGCGCGCAGAGUUGCAGGCACUACAACCACAAACUGGCCACUGCAGAAUCGAGGUAUCACGCAACGAAGUGCUAGAAGAAUCUUACCGUCUAGUGAUGAAGUUGCGUGGGAAGGAACUCCGAAAGCGGUUGCUGGUGAAAUUCCGUGGGGAGGAGGGAUUGGACUAUGGUGGUGUUGCACGAGAGUGGCUUCAUUUAUUGGGACGGGAGCUGUUUAACCCGCACUACGGACUAUUCCAAUAUGCCAAUGCCGGUGACGAUAGAUACGCACUACAAAUUAAUGCAGAUUCCGGGGUUAAUCCAGAACACCUUUCAUACUUUCACUUUGCUGGGCGUAUUUUGGGCGUCGCACUGUUUCACGGGCAUCAGUUGGAUGCGGCUUUCACUGCACCCUUUUAUAAGCAGUUGCUAGGCCGACCAAUAACUUUGAGAGAUAUCCGGGACGUAGACCCUGAGUUGCAUCGUUCGUUAUCUUGGAUGCUGGAGAACAGUAUCGCCGGCGUGAUAGACACGACCUUCUCCGUCGAGUGCGCCUCAUUCGGCGCAGUGCGCAGUGUGGAACUGCGGCCGGGCGGCGCCAACGAACCGGUCACCGACACCAACAAGCGGGACUACGUCCGGCUGUACGUGGCGCACAGAUUCACACGCGGGGCCGAGAGGCAAUGGCUGGCCUUACAGAGGGGCCUUGCCGACAUCAUCCCGCCACAGCUGCUCCGCCCGCUGUCGCCUAAGGACCUCCAGCCGCUACUGGCUGGCAGAGCCGACCUAGACCCGGUGGACUGGAGACGGCACACCCGCCUCAAGCACGUGGCACCAGAGGCGCCGAUAGUCAACUGGUUCUGGGAGAUCGUCGAGGAGUUCGAUGCCGAGAUGAGGGCCAGGCUGUUGCAAUUCGUCACGGGCUCGCGGAGAGUUCCACUCGCUGGAUUUCGAGCACUCCAGGGCUCCACGGGUGCGGCUGCUCCGAAACUUUUCACGUUGCAUUUAGUCGCUGACGCGUCCCCAGACUCGCUGCCAAAGGCGCACACGUGUUUCAACCGUCUCGAUUUACCGCCAUAUCCGACCAAGGAAAAGAUGCACGACAAGCUUAAGCAAGCGGUCCUAGAAACUGCGGGCUUUGCCGUUGAA